GCCCCCACGCGGUCCGGUCCGCUCCACGGAGUUUGUUGUCAUGCAGGACGCGCGCGUCUAAACCCCCCCCCCCCGGCGCUAUGGAGCUGUCCAACCUGUACGAGGUGGCGGCGCCGCGGCUCCCGGCGAGCCAGCACCACGCCUCCCCGGCGGACCCGGGCGGGGACAUCGGGGACACGGAGGCCUCCAUGGACCUGAGCGCCUACAUCGACACCUCCGCCCUGAACGACGAGUUCCUGGCCGACUUGUUCCAGAACUCUUCCCGCCACGACAGGCUCCGGCAGGUGAGCUGCGAGGUCGCCUACGAGCACGCGCACGCGCACUUAUACGGCGCCGAGCUCAAGCCGGAGCCCUACUACGAGCACGCGCCCGCGCGCGCCCGCCCCGCGGCCAUCAAGCAGGAGCCCCGCGACGAGGACGCGCCGCCGCCGCCGCCGCCGGCUUACCUGCACCACUACCCGCCGCCCCCGCCGCACCUGCAGUACCAGGUGGCGCACUGCGCGCAGACCGCCGUGCACCUCCAGCACCCGGGCCAGCCCACCCCGCCGCCCACGCCGGCGCCCAGUCCGCACCACUACGCCCCCACGCAGCAGCGUGGGGGCGGGAAGCCCAAGAAACACGUGGACAAGAACAGCCCGGAGUACCGGCUGCGGCGGGAGCGCAACAACGUGGCCGUGCGCAAAAGCCGCGACAAGGCCAAGCUGCGCAACAUGGAGACGCAGCAGAAGGUUCUGGAACUGAGCAGCGACAACGAGCGGCUGCGGCGCCGCGUGGAGCACCUGAGCCGCGAACUGGACGCCCUGCGGGGCAUCUUCAGGCAGCACCCCUCUGACGGGACCCGCUGAGGGGGUCAGUGAUCUAUGCCAGUGGUCCCCAACCACCGCUCGAUUGGUACCGGGCCGCAGAAGAAUUUUGUAUUCAUUUUUAUUAUUUUUAAAACAACAUAAACACACGAUACACUUACAAUUAGUGCACCAACCCAAAAAAAACUCCCUUUUUCCAGACAAAAACCUCACUUUUUCAUGACAAAGGGGAAAGAAAAAGAUAUAUAUAUAUAUUUACACCCCCCCCCCCCCCCCCCCCCUCGCCGGGCCGCGGGACAAAUUAUCAAGCGUUGAACGGUCGGCAGCUACAAAAAAAGGUUGGGGACCACUGAUCUAUGCAACACCACGGUGCCUUCCGGUCCCUUGACCUUUCACCUCCUGCCCUCUGACAUGAACUCCAAAAAAAAAAAUCGCAGAGAAAGGAUUUUUUUUUUAUCUACAUUUGUUGACAGUUAAUAUUCCUCUAUGACACAUGUAUAAAUGUAUAUGAUAUAUGAAUAAAGCAGCUUGUUUUA